AUGGACACCUCUACUGAAGAGCUAUCGAAUGUUAUAGAUAGUACGGGGCUGGUACCUAUACAGGUCUUAGAUUUUUUCCUCAUCCUCAACUUAUUCUGGGGAGAGGUUGUCGGCAUAUUUGGCCUCGCUGCCAACCUUCUCAACAUCAUCAUCUUCAGCAAACAGGGCUACGACGACAGCGUCAAUGUCACGCUAACUGCGCUAGCGCUCAGCGACAUUGGCGCGCUGAUCACGCUACAAGCCUACAAUCUGAUGGUUAAUCCUUGGUUUCUGCGUGCGGAACUUCCCGUUGUGGCUAUUGAUUUAGCGGGAAUUUCCGCUUUUUACCCGCAUAACUAUUUUAUACGUGUAUGUGGGUUUAUAACAGCGUUUUCAGCGCUGGAGAGAUGCUGCUGUGUGUUGCUACCUUUAAAAGUGAAACGUUUAUUUACAAAUAAAGCCACGUUAAUCAUAAACAUUGCGAUAUUUAUAGUAACUCUUUUGGAUGUUUUUCCGAUUUAUUUUGUAGCUUUUCUUGAUUGGGCGUUUUACCCCGAUGUAAACAAAACCCUUUUAGGAAUGACUUUCCGGGAAGACCCGAAUCCUAUCUUUAGCGUGUCUUACUUCAUCACAGAUUUAUUCGCACCGUAUUUCACAUUUUUCGUCAUCAUCACCUGCACCUCCCUGACAGUUCUUACACUGAAGCGGAGGGCGGCGUGGAGGAAGGACGUCACGAGCGUCAAACACCACACCACCACUGGGAUGACGAGGAAAGACACGAAACUUGUUCUGAUGCUGUCGGCUGUCUCCUGUAUGUUCAUCGCGUGCCUCGUCCCCCAGUCCGCCAUCUUGACAGCCUUGACCUUCGUGCCAGGGAUAGGCGUGCACGAGCCGUACUUUGACGUCUCGCUCGUCUGCUACUCCAUCUGUUACGUCAUGGAGACCGUGAGUUCCAGCGCGAAUGUUCUGGUCUACUACAAGAUGAGCAGCCGGUACAGGGAGACCUUGCACGGUCUGAUGGCGCCAGACAAGUAG